AGAGCCUUCAGUCUGCCUCCGACCGCUAUAGGGAGAGAACGCUCGCCGUUUCGGCGUUGCCCUAACCGCGUGAACCGAUAACGAAAAUUCUUAAAUAAAAUCGCGUGUGAAUUCAAAUUUCCUGCUAGUGUUUUGUUUUGACAUACCUGUGACGAUAAGGCACAACCUCGGCUUGUUAUUGUUAGCGCCGCGUCAAUACCGCACCGUGUAAUGCGAUCUGUUCGAGGGGUUACAUAGAAUUUUCAGCAAAAAACACCCAAUGUGCUGGAAGAAAUCUCUUCAAGGGAUUAAGUUUACAACAAUUAUUUUUAUAAAGAAACAAUGUCUAGGAACAUUGAGCUUGUAAAUCACCACACCGAAACAAACUGAAGCUGCCAUGACAUCGGAAGAACCAAUCGAUGUUGUCGCAAAGAAUGCCGACGCUAAAAAGGCAGACACGAACUAUCCCGACGACAGUCAAGAAAACAGCAAAGCAGACAAACAACAGGAUCGUUUAAAAUGUUCACACGAAUUAAUGCAACUCGUGUAUGAAUUGCCCAUUGAAAUAGACGAUACGGAACACGAAAACAACAAUAUGCUUAAGGAAAACCCACCGAUAACUAUUGUCGAGAUUACCGAACAGAAUGGUUGUGAAACGACUGUAGAUAGUACGAGGCAAUGUGAUAGCGAUUAUUUUAAAGAGUCUAGUCCGCACGAUUUAGGCAAUAAGGUCGUAUAUGACGUUUUGACAACUAACGAUUUGAUAAUGCAAUGCGGUGACGAAUUUAAGGAGGUUAUAGACAGAACGUCACCGGAUGAUACCACUGAUGAGGAUUUGCUAGAGUUAAAAGCAAUUUUGGAUAGUAAGCCUAAACUUUUGGAGAGAUAUAUUCGAGAAUGUGCGUCAGUGGAUGAAGUGAAUAGGUUACAUAGUUUAACGUCAUGUGGUCCGCUAUCUCCGAGGCCGCGUCAUGAAGCAAGGAGUACGUCAGUUACGUCAGACCUGUUUCAAUUAUGGCUAUCUUCUUCACCUGUUAAGAGAUCACGAUCGCCGAGUAGCUCCGCGCAAAGGCAGCUAGAUGAAGCGGAUCUCUUUAUGGAUCUUAUAAAGGAUGUCGCCAAUGAAUUGGAUAUCGACGUUCUGUGCCAUAAGAUACUUGUUAACGUUUGCCUUCUCACGUCAGCUGACCGAGGAAGUUUGUUCCUGGCUAAAGGUACACCGCCAAACAGAUAUCUGCAGGCAAAACUAUUCGACGUCACAAGAGAUACAGAUCUUUACGACGCGCUGCGGAUAGCAAGAACUCAGGAGAUCAGGAUACCCUUCGGAGUUGGUGUCGCUGGUUUAGCAGCACAAACGAAACACCCUAUCAAUAUUAAAAACGCGUACGCUGAUCCAAGGUUCAACAGUGAAAUAGACGCACGUACUGGUUACAAAACGGAAUUAAUACUUUGCAUGCCGAUUUGCAACUGCGAGGGUGAUGUUGUCGGUGUCGCACAGAUCAUCAACAAAACUGACGGAUCAAAAGAAUUUUCUGCUCGAGAUGUCGAAGUAUUCCGACGUUAUUUAACAUUCUGCGGUAUUGGCAUUCAAAAUGCCCAACUAUUCGAAUCGUCUGUGUUGGAAUACAAGCGAAAUCAAAUACUUCUAGCAUUAGCAAGAAGUAUAUUUGAGGAACAGAGUAACCUCGAAUGUCUUGUCACAAAGAUUAUGACUGAAGCGAGGGAGCUGCUGAAGUGUGAACGUUGUGCUGUUUUUAUACUUGAUACGGACCAUUGUGAAUCGAGUCAUUUAGAACGUAUAGUACAAAGACCGGGAGGUAGACCGAGCGGUGCUCCUGCGUUACCGCCUCCAGCGCCUACGAGGUUUCACACGCUGUUCGAACUAGGAGCUAAACAUUCCAGAACUACUCUAACCCCACGACAUGACAUCAAAUCUACGCUCGCUUGUAUUGCUCUCGCGGUGGCCAGAUCAAACAAAUCGCUUAACAUUUCUGAUGUAGACGAAUGGCGUAAAGAAAAUGGCAUGAUUGUAGUUGAUAUUGUCUCGGAUGACGCUAUUAAUGUAAGAACAAUGCUUUGUAUGCCCAUUGUCAACGCUAAUAAGGACGUUAUUGGUGUAGCACAAUUGAUUAACAAGGAAAACGGAUCUCAGUUCACGGAUGGCGAUAUAUCAAUAUUCGAAGCGUUUGCCAUAUUCUGUGGUCUCGGUAUUCACAAUACACAGAUGUAUGAAAACGCUUGUAAAUUAAUGGCAAAACAAAAGGUAGCAUUGGAAUGUUUAUCGUACCACGCAACAGCCUCAGCGGAGGACACCCACAAGCUUUGUCAAGAAGUCAUACCUUCAGCUGAGAUCUACAAUCUUUACAGUUAUAAAUUCCAUGAUUUCGAUUUAUCUGACGAAGAUACAUGUAGGGCGACGUUGCGCAUGUUUCUACAGUGCAAUCUAGUUGAGAAGUUCCAUAUUCCUUAUGAUGUUUUAUGCCGAUGGAUACUGAGCGUUAAAAAGAAUUAUCGUCCGGUAAAAUAUCACAACUGGCGACACGCUCUCAACGUAGCGCAGACAAUGUUCGCGAUGCUCAAGACCGGUAAAAUGGAACGCUUCAUGUCCGACCUUGAAAUCCUUGGCCUGUUAGUCGCUUGUCUAUGCCAUGAUUUAGACCAUAGAGGAACUAAUAACGCCUUUCAAACCAAGACCGAGAGCCCUCUAGCGAUUUUAUAUUCAACAUCAACGAUGGAACACCAUCACUUCGAUCAAUGUGUUAUGAUUUUGAACAGUGAAAGCAAUAAUAUUUUUCAAGCAUUAUCACCUUGUGAUUAUAAAGACGUAAUGAGGGUUGUGGAGACAGCAAUUUUAUCAACGGACCUAGCAAUGUACUUCAAGAAGAAAUCAAAGUUCCUAGAAUUAGUUGAAAACGGUGAAUUCGACUGGCAAAGUCAAGAAAAGAAAGAGUUAUUAUGUGGUAUGAUGAUGACGGCCUGUGAUGUAUCAGCAAUAGCCAAACCUUGGGAGGUACAACACAAAGUCGCAAAAUUAGUAGCUGACGAGUUCUUCGAUCAGGGGGACUUGGAGAAGCUGCAACUCAAUCAGCAACCCAUUGCAAUGAUGGACAGAGAGAAGAAAGACGAAUUACCUCAGAUGCAAGUGGGUUUCAUCGACAUGAUCUGCCUACCAUUAUACAAAGUUCUCUCGGAUACAUUCCCGUGGAUACAGCCAUUGUAUACGGGCACUAUGGAGAAUAGACAACGCUGGCAGGACCUGGCUGAGAAGGUGGAAAUGGGACUGACGUGGAUUGACCACGAUACGAUCGACAAACCAAUUGAAGAGUUUACAGCAUCAAACGAAGCAAUCAAAGAUGUAGAGCUGACAGUGACAACACUUAACUGUGCACGACCGGUGUCAGAUUCUACCAGCAUGGCGCUUGUGAAGCCGAUAAAGACCUCCUUCCACUCCCUGAGGAGAGGGAAACCUAGCAAUUUCUCAACUCGACCAGCUCGGAGUAAACUAACUAGAUCCCUCUACGCGGCGCCAAGCUCACGAGAAGAGAGAGAGCGGAUAGUGAGACCGACGGAAGAGAACCACGUGACGGAGGUAGUCUCGCAGACCAGCAAGGCGUCUAAGCACAAGGGACGGUUAUGCCAUAUGUUGUGACGGUUAAGUUUCAAUUGGAGCAGCCAAAGCAGUACGGAGAAAAAGGACAAAGUGAAACCGUCCAAAUCAAUCGACUAACCCAAAACGAGACACAUUAAAUGAAUUUGUUCGUAUAGUGAUGUUUAUUCCGGUUUUAUUAGACACUAUUAGAAUAAACCUACAUCUGUAGUGAAACGUAGAAACUGAUGUCUGAUUGAGGAAAAUUAUUUAUUUUACGGGAAUUGUCGAG